AGUCUUUCGCCCAGGCUUCGGCCCCGCUUCCGGAGGAAGGUGGGAGUCAAUCAUUUUGACAAGUCUCCUGAAAGGAACAGCUAGCGGGAGCUGAAACCUUUUUCCAUUUGGUCUCGUGGCAAAGAGAUCACACCAGCAGCUCCACACAAUAUGACGUGCUCACUUGUGCCCUCUGAACAGUCUUCUGGAACGUCUCUCUUGCCUAAAGACAAUGCCCCAUUUUCUUGGAGUUCCUUGGAUGAGGAUGGAUUGGAUGACUCGUUGCUGGAUCUGUCUGAGGGAGAAGAAGAUGAUGGCCAUUUUAGUUUCACAGAGGAAGAUAUUCAGGAGCUCUUGAAGGAUGAUGACCUUAAAGAUGAUAGCAGGCGUGUUGAGAAGGGAGGGAAAGGGAGUCAAAUUCUAUUUGAUACUUCCCAAGAGAAAAAUUCAUUGUGUAGCUUGGGACCAGUAGCUGAGACCCCUGGCCUCUUGAAACUACCUCAAUUAAGUACAUCAGUUGGUCAUGGACCAACUCCUACUAAACCAUUAAACAGACACUUUGCACUAGAAAAGAAUCCUAUAAAAAUAACAGUUGUUACACCGUUUGAUCCAACAGUUUGUGAUGCUGUGCUUGAUAAGGACAAGACUGAUUCAUCCAAAGAUACUGAAAAACCCUCCUCCCUUGGGGAAGAGAUGAGAAAAGAUGGUCUUAGCCCAAAUGAGAGCAAACUCUGCACUGAGUCUGAAGGGAUCAGUCCCAGUAAUUCUGCUUGGGAUGUACCCCCACUCUCUUCUCCUUCAGACAAUGACUUUGAACAAACUGUGUCUGAUAAAAAUAUAUCUGACAGUAAGAGAACUACACCUGUGUUCUCUCAGAUCUUGGACCAUUCAGAGACUCCGAAUACGGGGUCUUCCUGGAAAAAUGGAUCAAAUAAAUCAAAUUGUGAAGUGAGGUUUCCGGUUGUUUCCAGUUCAUCAAACAAACAGGAUGUUCUUGACAAGGAUUCGGGGAAGCUGAAAGUCCAUGAGAGAAGACUAGGCAAAGUCAUUCCUGUUCUGCAAGCCAAAAGAAGGACUAAUGUUCCGACGUUUUCACAAUCAGAUCUAGAAAAGCAGAAGGAAAGUUAUCUCAAGGAAGUCAUUGCUCAUAUAGAACACCCGAAGGACACUAACCAAGGUGCCUCGGGGGAACUGUAUGCCCUGAUGGGUCAAGUUUAUCAUAUGCAGAACCCAAAAUGGCAGCAUCCUUCGGACCUCACCAUGAGAAACUACGCUGCUCGGUUCCGGCAGAAACCUCUGCAGAGAUACAGUCUGACUCAGUGGGUUGACAGGAACAGGCGAAGCCACCAUCGGUUCCAGCGUCUCCCGGACUUCCCAUCAAGUCCAUUUGUCUCAUCCCAUCAGCAGUGAAGGUCCCUAUCCAGGGUCCU